GCCCGUCGAGGCAUAGAUUCGCAGUGUCCAACGGUGCAUCAUCUGCCAUUCGUCUCUAUGAGUGCCAUGCAGCCACGCACGGUCCUGCGGCAGACAACGCUGCCGCAAGCUAUCGAGACGACGCCGCUCAUCCGUCGCUUCUGCCUUGUCAACUUCGUGCUUUGCCUUGGCGCGGCACCCAUGUUCUUUGUCUUUGCCAACAAAGCCAUGACGUUCCAAGUGCUGUAUGCGGCGGCGGGUGCACUAGCGCUGUCGUUGCUCCUCGCCAGUGCGAUGAGUGCGUUGAAGUCGACACCGAGUCUUGUGUGGAGCAUGAUGUUCACGGUCGCCAGUGCCUACGGCCUCAUCUGCACGGGGGGUCUGUGCGUCUUGUACUUGCCGUAUGCGAGUGCCGAAUUGACGAGCGCGACCGACUUGCAGUACGCCAAGAGUGUCGUCCUGCCAAGCGAGCUGAAAUCCCAAGCUGUUGUCGAGCAAGUGUACCUCCAAGUGGGCGGCACAGUGCAGCUCGUCCUGGGCCUCUUUGCAUCGUACCAAGUGCGUCUGCAGUUUUACGUGCUGGGUGAAAAGCGCGCGUCUGUGGCAUUUCUCCAGGCCUUCAGCGCGUUCAUGGUGCCGCUCUCGUUGUUGUUUAUCGCGGGUGGCCAGUACAUCAUUUCGUCGCAAACGCUUGCUUCGGCUCCCUACACGGGAAUUUUCAUCUACAUUUGCGGUCUUCUGGUGCUCGUGCUUUCGCUCCUCGCGUUCAUCGGGUCUGGGUUUGAGUAUCGCCGACUCCUCAACACGUUCAGCUGGCUGGCGUUCCUGACAGCCGUGCUUCUUCUGGGGGCGUCCAUCGCGUGCUUGGCUGUCACGACGAACGUUCAAAAGUCGGUCAUCAACAACUGGGGCACGAUUCGCGUGAUGCUGCCGCCGACGCUUCAAGCGCGUUACGACAAGAGUCAAUUCGUUCUGUUCGUCGAGCGCAACCUGCACGGCAUGGCUUACGUCGGCAUCAUUUCUGGCCUCUUCAUGCUCCUCCAAAGCUUAUCGGCACAAUCCGUGCGAGAAAUCAUGAACGUCGUCAAGCGCCGUGCCGCCCAGGACAAGCGAUGCGCGCUGGACCCGGAACUCCAUCCAGAAUUUGUUGCUCGCCGCGAGUGGACGCUCAUGUUCAAAUCGUCCAAGCGCAUUCAACGAAUUUGCAUGCGCGUCGUGUGCGGGUUCGCAACGCUGUUGCUCCUCGCGAUCACGGUCGUCAUGACCCUGAGCGUUGUGUUUACCACACAGUGCGCAAGUAUCAGCAAGGCAGUAGAAUGGCACUCGUUUGGCCUGGGCAAUGGAUCGACGCCCGCCGCGGUGUCAUGCGAGUCGUACCACCUCCAGAACACGUUUGCCGCCGGGCGCUUGCAACUUGUCCGCGGCGACACGUUGCAAGGCAACGUCACGUUUCAGCAGAACGCUGUCUCGGACAAAUUUCUGGCCGUCGCUGCGUUCUCGAGUACGAUCGACGCACAGAGCGUGUGCACGGUGGCCGCCGCGCCGACCAACUCGCCCACCUUUAUGUGGUUUGACACGUCGUGUCAGGUGGCCAACGUCAAGGUCGAGCUGCCGCGGGUGACGGAGCGUGGGGUCGUGCCGUUCGUGUCGCUGAGUUCGAAAACGUCGGCCAUCGAUAUCAAUCUCAUUCAGAACGGAACUUCGACCCUCGUCCAGGGUGUCAACAUCACGACGGAUCUGGCCAACGUCAAUGGCUAUGGCAUGUACAUUGGGUCAGGCGGGCUCUCGGUCACGUCCGCGUCCGGCGAACUCAACAUGUCGACGGUGUUUGUGAACGCCACUCAAGUCAUGGGCGAUAAAACGCCGACCGUGCUCACGUCGUCGUUGGGGAGUGUGUCGCUUGCGAAUGCGUCGUUGGUGGACAGCCCGCUGACAAUGUACACGGACGUGGCGGGCAUUGCCGUGCAAAACGUGAUGACGUCCGUGUCGCAUGGCCGAAGCAACGUGGCCUUGUCCAGUGGCUCGGGGGGCAUUGUUGUGUCGGACUUAAGCGCCGACUGGAUAUCGAUGGAAACCACGUCCGGCGCCAUUACGACCGACGGCCUCAGCUCGAACGGCGAUGGCGCUUUCACGGGGCGCAUUGACGUGACCAGCAUUGGCGGCGACGUCCGCCUCCUCAACACCAACGCCAAGGGGUACAUACAUGUCGAGACGAACUCGGGCAAUGUCGUCGUGCACUUGGCGAGUGCGACAUUUGUCGGGCUCUAUUACGUCCGCUCCGAGUAUGGCCUCGUGACGGUGCGGUACAGCAACUCGAGCUACGAUUCGGUCAAGGCUCUCCCUACGGCGGACCCGCACGAGGCGCAGGGUUUGAUCAACUGCGACACGAGCUGUCAUUACGUGGGAGACAUUUACAUCCGGACCAUCUACGGCAACAUCGACGUACUUGUCGGCUGCAAAGACACCACGUGUGCUUAGGCGCCGGCAAGAGGCGCGUUGACCGCCAUGCGAUUGAGUAACAUAAAUCGAGUUUCAUUGUGCAGGCG